AUUGUAUAAAGUAAAUAAAAUAUCUAUGAAUAUUUGUAAAUAUCUAUAAUUUUUUUGGAUAUCCGGAAAACCGAAUAUCUGUAUUUUCACGAAACAAAACAAAUUGGAAAUCAGAUCACCGUGAUGUACGAAGCAAAAAAAAUGGUAAUAUCCAAUCUGUGCCCAUUCCUAAUUGUUAUCACAAAGUAUGAACAAUAUAUAAGGUUGGUGAUAUACUUUUAUGUAGCAGCCUUUUGAAAUAAGAAAAGUAGGGCUGUGAUAUAUAGAAUUCUCUUUUUGAAUGAAUAUUCAUAUUUGUUAUCUCCUCAGUUUAUUUGUCUUCAUUCAAUCUCCACUGUUUUUUUUAAACUUGAUACUGUUACAAGAACUAAAAUAUAAUUAGUGGGGUAAAUUAUCAGAAGCCAAUUUAAAUACUUAUUAGCCUCAAUAUGCCACAUUAGCUCUUUUAAUUCUAUCAUCAUUGACUGGAUUAGAAUAUACUCCUUAAUUUGAUUUGGUUUGUUAACCUUAAUUAAAUGCUUACUUAUCCGGAUAUUUAAUUAAAAGCCAAAUCUAUAUAUAUAUAUAGCUUAAAAGAAUUCAAUUCAAUGCAACGUCCCUGACGCCUCAAUUUCCUCGUUCCUUUUCCACACUAUUGCUCUGCUUGCGAUCAUCGUUCUCUCCAGUAACAUUUUCGCUGAUCAUCCUACGGUCUCUGUCGCUCGAUCCUAUCUUAGUCACCAGCAGGGAUUGUACGACACCGAAGCGAUUUAGUCGAUGUUUGUACUUUUUCUUCGAUAUAAUUGAAACGAUCGUUGUGGAACAAUGGGGGUGGUGGAAGAAGGAGGAGCAGGUGUGGUUGAUAGGAAGAUAACGAUCGGAGUCUGCGUCAUGGAAAAGAAGGUGAAGUGCAGCCCCGAGGUUUUCUCGGCUCCCAUGGGUCAGAUUAUGGAUAGACUGCAAGCGUUUGGCGAAUUUGAGAUCAUACAUUUUGGGGACAAGGUUAUACUCGAUGAUCCAGUAGAAAGUUGGCCUAUUUGUGACUGCUUGAUUGCUUUUCACUCCUCUGGAUAUCCUCUUGAGAAAGUUCAAGCAUAUUCUUCUUUACGAAAGCCCUUUUUAGUGAAUGAACUGGAUCCGCAGUAUCUUCUUCAUGACCGCCGGAAAGUGUAUGAGCAUCUAGAGAUGUAUGGUAUCCCUGUUCCUAGAUAUGCUUGUGUCAAUAGAACAGAACCCAACCAAGACCUUGAUUACUUCGUCGAGGAAGAAGACUUUAUUGAGGUUAAUGGUGAAGUAUUCUGGAAGCCAUUUGUGGAAAAGCCCGUCAAUGGUGAUGACCAUAGCAUAAUGAUAUACUACCCUAGCUCAGCAGGUGGAGGCAUGAAAGAAUUGUUUCGUAAGGUACUGCAUUUUUUUGUGCAUAACUUGGCUUUCCGUGGACUGACUUUGAUCCUUGUAUUGUAUAUGUUUGUUGUUAUAACCUUAGUUUGGUCAUCCACUACUUGUCUUUCAGCGGAACUUGGCUAUCUUUCUGAUCCUAAUUUUUUGUUUCAGGUUGGGAAUCGCUCAAGUGAAUUUCAUCCUGAGGUCAGAAGAGUAAGGAGAGAAGGUUCUUACAUAUAUGAGGAGUUUCUGCCUACUGGGGGAACUGAUGUCAAGGUCUAUACUGUGGGUCCUGAAUACGCACAUGCUGAAGCAAGAAAGUCACCUGUUGUUGAUGGUGUAGUUAUGAGAAAUCCGGAUGGGAAGGAAGUGAGGUAUCCAGUUUUGCUUACACCUGCUGAGAAGCAAAUGGCGAGAGAAGUUUGCAUUGCUUUUAGGCAAUCGGUCUGUGGAUUUGAUCUGUUACGAUCUGAGGGAAGUUCAUACGUUUGUGACGUUAAUGGAUGGAGUUUUGUGAAGAACUCUUAUAAGUAUUAUGACGAUGCUGCUUGUGUGCUACGGAAUAUGUUUUUUGAUGCAAAGGCUCCUCAUCUUUCUUCGACAAUUCCUCCCAUUCUGCCAUGGAAAAUCAAUGAACCUGUCCAAUCUAACGAAGGUCUAACUCGCCAAGGAAGUGGCGUCAUCGGAACGUUUGGGCAGUCAGAGGAGCUUCGUUGUGUCAUUGCUGUUGUCCGGCAUGGUGAUAGAACCCCUAAGCAAAAAGUGAAACUAAAAGUUACAGAGGAAAAGCUGUUAAAUCUGAUGCUUAAGUACAAUGGAGGAAAGCCAAGAGCUGAGACAAAGCUUAAAACUGCAGUCCAAUUGCAAGAUCUAUUGGAUGCCACAAGAAUGUUAAUUCCUCGUUCAAGACCAGGUGAAAGUGAUAGUGAUGCAGAAGACCUUGAACAUGCUGACAAGCUUCGGCAAGUUAAAGCUGUUCUUGAAGAGGGUGGACAUUUCUCUGGUAUUUACAGAAAAGUUCAACUAAAACCGCUGAAAUGGGAUAAAGUAACAAAAAGUGAUGGUGACGGUGAAGAAGAACGUCCAGUGGAGGCUCUUAUGAUAUUGAAAUAUGGGGGCGUUCUAACUCAUGCUGGUCGACAACAGGCAGAAGAACUUGGUAGAUAUUUCCGAAACAAUAUGUAUCCAGGUGAAGGUACCGGUUUGCUCCGUCUCCAUAGUACAUACCGUCACGACCUUAAAAUUUACAGUUCUGACGAGGGACGCGUUCAGAUGUCUGCAGCUGCUUUUGCUAAAGGCCUACUUGACUUAGAAGGACAGCUGACCCCAAUCCUGGUUUCUCUAGUUAGCAAGGACUCUUCCAUGUUGGAUGGCCUGGAUACUGCAAGCAGUGAAAUGGAAGAGGCCAAGGCUCAGUUGAAUGAGAUCAUAACUGCCGGCACAAAGUUGGUACAUGAUUACGUCUCUUCUGAAUCACCUUGGAUGAUCGAUGGGGUUGGACUUCCUCCUCAAGCUAAUGAGAGCCUACCUGAAUUGGUAAAAUUAGCUAAAAAGGUGACUGAACAAGUGAGGCUACUAGCAAAAGAUGAAGAAGAGAAUCCCACUGAGCCUAGCGCUUAUGAUGUAGUCCCUCCCUAUGAUCAAGCAAAGGCCCUUGGGAAGUCAAACAUUGACGUUGGCCGGAUUGCUGCUGGAUUACCUUGUGGUAGUGAAGGAUUUCUUUUGAUGUAUGCUCGGUGGAGGAAACUCGAAAAGGAACUCUACAAUGAAAGAAGAGACCGGUUCGACAUAACGCAGAUUCCUGAUGUUUACGAUUCAUGCAAGUACGACCUGUUACAUAAUUCUCAUCUCAACCUGAAAGGACUAGAUGAACUCUUUAAAGUUGCUCAGUUACUAGCAGAUGGUGUAAUCCCAAAUGAGUAUGGGAUCAAUCCACAGCAAAAGCUUAAAAUCGGUUCAAAGAUUGCUCGUCGCUUGCUGGGCAAAAUCUUGAUUGACUUGAGGAACACUCGAGAAGAGGCCAUGAGUGUUGCUGAACUGAAGAAAAGCCAAGACCAAGUCUCGGUGUCAUUAUGUUCGCCGAGAAAGGAGGAUAGAUGUAGUCAGCCGAAACUUUUCAUUAAAAGCGAUGAGCUAAGACGGCCUAACACAGGAGAGAACAAAGAUGACGAUGAAGAUAAAGAAACCAAGUACCGACUAGAUCCAAAGUAUGCAAAUGUAAUGACUCCUGAACGUCAUGUGAGGACACGCCUUUACUUCACAUCUGAAUCACAUAUACAUUCACUGAUGAACGUCCUAAGGUAUUGUAACCUCGACGAGUCUCUUCAAGGAGAAGAAGGUCUCGUCUGCCAAAGCGCAUUGGAACGCCUUUGUAAGACCAAAGAGCUUGAUUACAUGAGCUACAUUGUCCUAAGACUGUUCGAGAACACUGAGGUAUCUCUGGAAGAUCCGAAACGAUUCAGAAUCGAACUUACAUUUAGCCGUGGCGCAGAUUUGUCUCCCUUAGAGAAGAAUGACGAGGAAGCAGAAUCUUUACUGAGGGAACACACACUUCCGAUAAUGGGACCAGAGAGGCUUCAAGAGGUUAGUUCGUGUUUGACACUUGAGACAAUGGAGAAGAUGAUACGUCCAUUUGCAAUGCCGGCCGAGGAUUUCCCUCCGGCAUCAAUUCCGGCAGGCUUCUCCGGUUACUUUUCGAAAAGCGCCGCGGUGCUCGAGCGUCUUGUGAAACUCUGGCCCUUCAACAAAAAUUCCACCUCUAAUGCAAAAAAGACAACAACGUAAAAUAGACCAUUGCGGUUUCAUAUCCUCAAAUCUAUUUCCUUGUUGGACCACAAAUUGUGGGGUUAUUUUUUUCAUUCUUUCUAAUUGGGUAAGAACUAAAAAUGUUCAUUCUUUCGUUAUUCAGAAGAAUCGUUAUUUGUU